AUGAUUCACGCAGUACUGAUAUUCAACACACAUGGUAAACCAAGAUUAUCGAAAUUCUUUACACCUCUACCACCGUUAAUUCAACAAUCAUUGAUAUCACAAAUAUUCAGUUUGAUAUCUGAUCGACCUGCAGGAGUAUGUAAUUUCCUUGAUGCACCAGAUUUAGUCUUCCCUACUCCUGGAAAUAUCUCUAUCGCUGAAAAAGGUAAAGGCAAAACAAAAGAAAGGAAGGAAGAAGAUGAUACGAGAAUCAUAUAUAGACAUUAUGCUACUUUAUAUUUCGUGUUCGUUGUAGAUGGAGCAGAAUCAGAACUUGGUAUAUUAGAUUUAAUUCAAGUUUUCGUCGAAUCAUUAGAUAGGUCUUUCGAAAAUGUUUGCGAAUUAGAUUUGAUCUUUCACUUUGAUGAGGUACAUCAUGUUUUGUCAGAGAUAAUACAAGGUGGUCUGGUAUUAGAAACGAAUAUAAAUGAGAUAUCAGCUUGUGUCCAAGCUGCAUCCCGAAAUCGUAAAGCUUCAGCUGCAUCUUCCAACCCCCUCAUUCCAUCCGCAUUGGCCGCUCCUGGCGGAAGAGGUGGGAACAGAGGAGGAAGUGCUGAUGGAGCUAAAAGAUGGUUGGCUGCUAUCGGUGUAUAG